AUGUCUGGAGCUUUGCCAGAUGAGUGCAUCCCUCUAUUGGAACGGAAUUCUCAAGGUGAAAAAUUGCGUGAUGAAAGCACCUCAGGUGAUGCAGAAAGCCUCAAAGAUGGUGUGGUUCCUAGAAUUGAUAUAUCAGAGGAUUCCAUGAGGAAUUUGGCAAUUCAUGUAGAUGUUAUAGCCCCGCAAAAUACCCUGUCGGAAGAUGAGGCAAGCAUUGCAAGACACUUGGGAAAUUUCUUUCGCUUUUACAAAGAAGAAACUUCGAUACCAAUUUACAACGAUAAUGCAAUCUUGAAUGAUAACAAAUUCAUCAAAAAAAACCUGGAAAGUUGGAGAUUUUCUUUCUGGAAGAUUGGGUGGAAUAAAGAUGAAAAGAAAGCCGCAAAGAAGCUAUCAGAGCAGCAUGAGAAAUUGGUAGAUUUUCGCUCGGCAACUUCGCCCUACAGAUUCUUCAAGGUGGAACAGAAGAAGUCUUACGAUGGGGCUAUAGAGAGCAUAGGAUUCCACAAACAUGGUAUCUACAUUUAUUUUUCAGACUUGGAUUAUCCAUGGUUUGGAUUCAAAAGCUUCUGUAAAAACAAUCCAAUUGGAGACAAUGAAUUCCAGUAUAGCUUGGUCAAGUUUCUGGACAGAAUGCUUCAUGACACUCCCUCCUUUUUCAUUGAUAGAAAAAUUGAUUUGAAAAAUGAAGUCAAUAGGAAAUCACUGAAACUUCAAAGGAUCAUAUUUCAAUUGGUGGAUUACAUGCUCAAGUACCAGUUAAUUAAGAUGGAUCAUUACAAUGAUUUCUUUAGGGAUGAAAAAAGAUUGGAAUUGGCUGCAAUCAACAUGGUUGCAACCUUUGGACUGGACAAUCAAAAAGAUUUGGAAUUCAAAUUUAACAAAUACUACAGCAGUAAAAUUUUUCUCAGAACUUGGAAUUGUUCGCAUCUAAAGAGCUUGCCUGAAAGUUAG